GGUGUUAUGAUCUACAUUGACCGAAUAGAAGUUGUGAAUAAAUUGGCACAAUACGCAGUGUACGAUAUUGUGAGAAACUAUACUGCAGACUAUGAUAAGACUUUGAUCUUCAAUAAGAUUCAUCAUGAGCUGAAUCAGUUCUGCAGCGCCCAUACCCUGCAGGAAGUAUACAUUGAGCUGUUUGAUCAGAUAGAUGAGAAUCUGAAGUUGGCUCUGCAGAAGGAUCUCAAUGUCAUGGCACCAGGUCUCACUAUCCAGGCUGUGCGUGUUACAAAACCCAAAAUCCCAGAAGCCAUCCGAAGAAACUUUGAGUUAAUGGAGGCUGAGAAGACCAAGCUGCUGAUUGCAGCCCAGAAGCAGAAGGUAGUAGAGAAGGAGGCAGAGACAGACCGGAAAAAAGCACUCAUUGAGGCAGAGAAGGCUGCUCAGGUGGCCAGGAUUCACUAUCAACAGAAGAUUAUGGAGAAGGAAACGGAGAAGCGAAUUUCUGAGAUUGAAGAUGCUGCAUUCCUUGCAAGAGAGAAAGCAAAAGCUGAUGCGGAGUACUACACUGCUCAGAAACUGGCUGAUUCCAACAAGCUGAAACUUACCCCCGAGUAUCUGGAACUAAUGAAAUACCAAGCGAUAGCUGCAAACAGCAAGCUGUAUUUUGGUGACCGCAUCCCCAACGUGUUUCUGGAUUCCUGUGCCUUCCAGCAAGCCAAUCUGAGGACUGCCCAAGAAACCAGCCUUCCUUCACAGAAGGCCCCAGAGACCUCUGGAGAAAGCCACCUCAGAGCAAAGGAAAGCACUGGCUGACAGAGGUAGAAAGACACCCGGUGUAGCUCAACAGCUAGCCCAGCUCUUAGCAGGGAUGUUGUCCUGUGCUGGUGGGGCGGAUACAGCGCAUGCGUGGACAUCCUAUGUAUAGGUGGCAGUUGGGUUGAUUUUCUUCUAGCAACACAUUGCAAGUGCUCUGCCUCUUCCAUUUCUUCCUCUAUUAAAUUGGUGCUUCCAAAUGAGGGAUAAUCCUGUACUAACAUACCUAUACUGGAAUAUUAAAAGACAGACACCAGGAAAGCC